GCGAGUGGAACCCGCCAAGCGCUCUUUCUGCCCAACUCCGCCGCCGGCCGCUUAGGGGGCGGUUCUCGGUUGGCUUAGCCCGAGGAGGUCCGAGCGGGUUGCCCGGUUCUGCCCUGUCCAGCCGACCUCCAGGGAGAAGGGAAGGCGUUGACUCCGGAGGUGGCAGAGCUCGUAGGACUCUCGAGGAAAGUCUCCAGGCUGCAAAUUGCUUUUCUGCCCGCCUGAUGGAGAAUGUCACUGGUGCCCUACCUGCUGGGGCAGUGGCUGCUGUAUUAAAGCCCAGCGCAGAACUUCCCAAAGGGAGCUCAACUGUACAUGGCUAUGAUUUUGAUCAUGGAGUAGACUAUCAUGCUUUGCUCCAGUCUUAUCUCAACACUGGUUUCCAAGCUACCAGUUUUGGACAGGCUGUGAAUGAGAUCAAUCGAAUGAUAGAAGCAAAGUUGACACCAUUAGGGGAAGAUGAAGGCAACCAUGCUGAUUUGAAUCCCUGUUCUCGCCGCCUGACUGGCUGUACAAUUUUCUUAGGCUUCACUUCCAACCUCAUCAGCUCAGGUGUUCGCGAGUCCAUCCGCUAUCUGGUGCAACAUAACAUGGUUGAUGUUUUGGUGACCACAGCUGGCGGCGUGGAGGAAGAUCUGAUCAAAUGCUUGGCACCCACUUACAUUGGAGACUUUAGCUUGCAAGGGAAAGAACUACGACAGAAUGGAAUUAACAGGAUUGGGAAUCUCUUGGUGCCCAAUGACAAUUACUGCAAAUUUGAGGAUUGGCUAAUGCCAAUCCUAGACCAGAUGGUAAUUGAACAAGACACAGAGGGUAUGAAAUGGACUCCAUCAAAGCUCAUUGCUCGGCUUGGCAAGGAAAUCAACAAUCCAGAAUCAGUCUCUUAUUGGGCACAAAAGAAUAAUAUUCCUGUAUUGAGCCCAGCAAUAACAGAUGGAUCCCUUGGAGACAUGAUUUUCUUCCAUUCCUAUAAGAAACCAGGUCUUGUGCUGGACAUCGUAGAAGACCUGAAACUCAUUAAUAGCCAGGCCAUCUUUGCCCGGAAGACAGGAAUGAUCAUCUUGGGUGGAGGCCUUAUUAAGCACCACAUUGCCAAUGCAAAUCUGAUGAGAAAUGGAGCUGACUUCUCCGUAUAUGUCAACACUGCACAGGAGUUUGAUGGUUCAGAUUCAGGAGCUCGGCCUGACGAGGCAGUGUCCUGGGGAAAGAUCCGUUUGGAUGCCAAGCCUAUCAAGGUCUAUGCUGAUGCUUCUUUGGUUUUCCCAUUGCUGGUUGCAGAGACUUUUGCUCAGAAACCAAAUGCUUUCGUUCAAGAAAAGAAAAAUGACUGAAUUGGGAACUGCUGCAUGAGGCAUUUUUCAAUGUUCAGAACUGCCUGCUUUCGUCCUACAUAACAUCAGUCAACACCUAUGUUGAAAUUGCCACGACGAUCUCCCUGGAUGAAAGGGGGAAUUGACCAUUCAGACAGCAACCUCUACAAUCCCCACACGGCAGAAGUGGUAUCCCUGCAUAUUAUACCUAAGUUGGGAAGCAGUCAUUCUGUCAACCAUUAAUCUUUGCAAUGAUGGAUCUUGUACUGCAAAAUAUGAUGCAGUUGGGAAGGUGUGAAGACCCUCAAUUGUGUGCUCAAUUCUUCCAAAGAAUUUUUAUGCAACGGUGGAACACCUAAGGAUUCUGGAAUUUGAUUUGUGUGUUUGUUUGUGUGUCGUUUAAGGACUGAACCAGGCCAUAUCUCUGUGACCUGGUCUCUCCUGUCUUCUCAGUUAGCCCCCGAUAUUUAUUCACGGUGUUUUAUGUGGAUUUGACGAAGAGUCAUCAUUUUGUAAUAGUUUAAACAUAUGAUUGUUUCUUAUUUUGGGAUGCCUUUUUGCCAUCCAAAUGACUGUGCAUGAGUUAAGAACAGCUGGGUUUUUUUAUUAUUAUUAUUUUUUGUGGGGCAAAAUUAUGAGCUGAUUAAAUUUUUUUAUUGAAUGAUAUGUUUAAUAUUCUGCAUUUGUUUGUGGGCUUUUCGAGAUGACACAGUUUUGAUUUGCAUAAUAUGGAGAAGUGGAAGUUAAAUAAUGGCUUUCAAUUAUUUUAAAGAAAACAAGGCUUUGUGGCAAAGAACUCAGUUUUACAGGGUAAUCUGAAGUUCCAAGCCUUCAGUAGUGCUGGAUAAAAUAUUGUGUUUCACCAAAAAUAAUAAUUGACCCCCCAAAAUAAACGUUUGGCCUUAUUUAUGGGGUGGUCUUAUUAUUUUUGAGGUGCA